AUUUCCAUUGAAGCCAUUUAGUUUCGGUUUGGUUUCUAAACUUGGAGCGCCAUGGGGAAUCGCCGCCAGUCGCCAUUUCAACCAUGUUCGGCCGUACACAUUAUUGCCAUCUAAGUCGCUGGAAGUUUUAUAUCCUUGGCUUUUUUAGUUGUCAGCUGGUAUUGGUACCAAUGAUUCUGAAAAGUGGCAUUUUCGAGCCAAACAAACACGGAUAUAACGAAAAUGUAGACGUGGACCUUUUGAACGCCUGGAAUGCGAUUGUCUCUCACUCUCCGCAGUAUCCAGAAGGGUUUUUCCAAUACAGUCUUCACAUAAGUGACAGUUUGGGGGCUUUUAGAGGAUUGCCAACAACCAGUCAUGAAAGUUGCAAUUUUCGUAGCUACACCCUGCCCGAAUCCUCCCAGGCAAAAGUGAGUGUUGUGAUCAGCUUCCACAAUGAAGCCCGCUCUAUGCUGCUACGGACUAUUGUGUCCCUGAUAAGACGCACCCCGGAGGAGUACUUGCACGAGCUAAUCAUCGUGGACGACAAGAGCCAAGACGCGACUUUGCUGGAUGACCUCAAGCGGUGGCUGGGUCGCGUUUUCGCCACACAGAGUCGCCUCGGUCUCAUCUUCCUGACCAACCAGGAACGCCGGGGUCUGAUUUGGUCGCGCAACAGGGGCGCUAUCCUCGCCAGUGGCCAUUACAUCCUCUUCCUAGACAGUCAUUGCGAGGUGAACGAUGGGUGGUUGAAGCCCCUGCUGGAGAGGCUGGCGUUGAACCCCCACAUGGCGGUCAGCCCUCUCCUGGAUCUCAUUGACCCGGAGACCCUGAGCUACCGGAGGGGCAAUGAGAUGCUGAAGGGUGGCUUCGACUGGUCCCUGCACUUCCACUGGCUAAAACGACGGCUGGGAAGAAAAGAGCGCCCGGAGGCGCCCUACAAAAGUCCAUCCUUUUCUGGAGGUGUCCUGAUGAUAUCACGCGAAUGGUUUCUCAAGCUCAAAUUCUUCAAUCCUAAUCUUAAGAUCUGGGGCGGCGAGUCCAUCGAGCUGGCCAUUAAAUUGUGGCUUUGCGGCGGACAAAUUGAGAUCGUGCCCUGCAGUCGAAUUGGACAUAUCUUUCGUCGCUUCCAUGCCUUUGAGUUUCCGUCGGAGAGGGACUUUACGGAACUGAACAGUCCGGAGAGGAGCUCCGCCCAAUCCACCUACUUGCACAACUCAAAAAUCAUAGCCGAGUCCUGGCUGGACGAGUACAAAAAUAUGUUCUACGCACUGAAGCCAGCGGCCAAGGGAAUUCCAUUGAAUGACACCACCACUGAAGAGUUGCAGCAGUUCAAGCACGAGAGGGACUGUCAUCGCUUCCAAUGGUAUUUGUGGAAUGUCAGCCCCGAACUAAGGUUUAACCUCGAAAAGCUAUCUGCCACGGGAACUUUGCAAAACGAGGAUCGUUGCCUGUACGCUAGGAACCAAAAGGAUUCAAAGAAAGGUCGCCAGCUGAUCCUUAACAGCUGCUACAGCAAGGACAUUACGCAGUGGAGCCUAUGGAGUACCGGGCAACUGAGCACCCAAAGGGAACUUUGCCUGGGGGUGGGACUUGGACGUCGUCUCAGCUUGGAGCCAUGUGCCCGAACCGAGACCCUCAGGCAGGCCCAGCAAUGGGUGCGAACGGGCACUCACCUGAUGCAUACUGCAACGCACCUGUGCCUAGAUAAUCCGAUCAAGGACCAACUGGAGUUGAACCCCUGCCGCUCCCAAGCAGUAUCGCAGUCCUUUCAAUUUGCAUUGGAAAUGGAGAGGCAAACAUAAACUUGGCUAAUGAUACCGACACAGAUACCGAUGCUGAUGCUGAUUCUGAUUCGAUGAACAUGAGCUCCUGGCCAGCGAGUUGGAGUGAUUUGGAGACGGAGAUGAAGUUAAAUCUGUGGGCGUGCAGGUAAAUCAAAAUGCUGACAUGUUGUGCUAAUCUCUGUGAAACAUUUCCGCUGCCGGAGCAACAGAGUCCGUCAUAGAUUACGGCUCCGGCAGAGGGGAAGCAGUAAAUUAUGGCGCCAUAGAUAUACGAAAAGGUGCGGCACUCUUCUCCACUUUCAACUUCUUGUUGUAUGUUGUGGGUUUUCAUACUGGGUAGCAUGUCACAAAAGAGUAUAAACUUAAAAGGUAUGUUGGAUUUUUCAGAGACUAUUAAACUGGAAAGAAGAAAACCAAAAUAAGAAAACCACUAAUAACCUAUGAAGCUCAAGGCUUUUAAUAAUUCGGUUCCCAAGUACCUAAAGAGUCUGCAGCAAAUUAAGACAUUUUUUAGAAUCAAUUUAUGAGAAAACACAACCCUCAAGAGUAGAAAAUAUGGUAUAUUUUACGAAAGUAUAUUUGAGUACAGGGUAUAAAUGGUCGAUACAUUACGCCUGCAACCAUUCGUACUGUUUUUUUCGAGCCUUUGUGUGUACUGACUAUCAAGACUCGCAGCGUUUCCUGUCGCAUCCGUCACACGAGACAGGACACAAUGGGCCGGCAACGGAAUCAGUGGCAGGAGGCGGCUCCUGGAUCGGCAGGACUGGAGGCGGGGCCAGAUAAAAGCCAGCGACGCCGCGCGUAUUGUGCGGCUUGUUUAGAAGGCCCUGGUAUCGCGGGGUCGCGACUGGGCUUCCUUUCCGCUGCACUGCAAUUGCCGGCGGGCAAGGAGUCGCAAAUGUAAUUGAGUUGACGACAAUGCCACUGACUGCCCGGCGCGCGCUUCCGGCAAUUUUGAUGGCCUCCGGAUGCUGGUGACAAAAAGCUCCGUCUACGACUCCGGGCCCGUCCGCCGGAGACAAAAACCAAAUAAAACAGAGAAAUAGAAACAGCAGCACAAACAGAAA